AAUUAAUGAAACUCAUAUCUCAAGGCACCACUGUACUAAUGUGCAUCUCCGUUAAAUCAAAUUUCGGAUGACUAAACAAUGGUUAUUUCCGGUUACAAGUUUAUUUUGAAAGGUCAAGGAAGAAGUGUUUUCGCCCACUAUAAGGAAUUGAUAGCUGCAUCUUGCGUUCACGUUCCGCUGCGUGGAAAGACGUCCAACUCCUUAUCCCACUGGACCUUUUUUGAGUUUUUGUAGGAUACAAAUUGAAAACACGUUUGUGGACUACAAAUAAUGUAAUGGUUAAUCUCAUUGUUUUGUCUGGACGAAAGAGCAAAGAUGAAAAGUUUCAUUUUGUUCAUGGCGUUUUUCUCCGCGUCUUUGCUGAUGGCGUGUGGACGCCACCCCACUUGCAACUUCCUUGUGGAGGUGGAGAAUGAUCAUGCCGAGUGUGUGAAGAGACUCCAGGAGGAAGAGAGACGAGCGCCACACGAAGAGGCAGGCUGCAAAGGCACUUGGGAUAAUGUCACGUGCUGGGAACACACCGGGAUUGGCCAGACUGCCACCAUACCUUGUCCUCGCUUCCUCACCACCGUUUUUGGCACCAAUGGUAAAGUCCAACCAGGACCCACACCUCCUCCUCGUCCUACUCCUUCAUUUCAUUCAUCAACACCUCAUGCAGGGAACAUCAGCAGGAAGUGCACAGCGUCCGGAUGGUCCGAGGUGUUCCCCAACAUAACCAGCGCGUGUGGUUCCGACACUAGCCAGGACAAGCUGGUGUUCUACGUGCUAGUGCAGACGUUGUACACACUGGGCCACAGCCUGUCCCUCAUCUUCCUCACCACCGGGAGUGCUGUCCUUUGCUUCUUCAGGAAGCUGCACUGCACCAGGAACUCCAUCCACCUCAACCUGUUCCUGUCCUUCAUUCUGAGAGCGGCCGCUGUGCUGGUGAAGGACCACUUUCUCUUCGGCCGCGCGGCGCAUUGCUCUGCUCAGCCCUCGCUGGUGGCGUGUCGAGCCAGCCUGGUGUUGUUGCAGUACUUCAUCAUGGCCAACUUCUUCUGGCUGCUGGUGGAAGCCUUGUACCUCCACACCCUCCUGGUAGCCAUGUUCUCACAGAACACACACUUUGUGGUCUACAUGCUCAUCGGAUGGGGAAUCCCGAGCGUCAUCGUGUUCACAUGGGUGCUGAUGAGGAUUUAUCUGGAGGACACAGGGUGCUGGGAGAGGAAUGACAACCCAAUACCCAACUGGGUCAUCAAUGGACCUAUUGGACUGUCGAUUGUGGUAAACUUCCUGCUCUUUAUCCGCAUCAUUCGCAUCUUGGUGCAGAAGCUGCAGUGUCCCGACGUGGGUGGCGGCGACCACUUGCAGUACGGGCGGUUGGCCAAGUCGACUCUCCUGCUCAUUCCGUUGUUUGGGAUCCACUAUGUGGUCUUUGUGUCGCUCUCGGAAUCCAUGGCCGAAGACUACAAGAUCUUUUUCGACCUGGCCCUCGGAUCCUUCCAGGGUCUGGUGGUUGCCAUCCUCUAUUGUUUCCUCAACAGUGAGGUGCAAGGCGAGCUGACGAGGAAGUGGCGUAGCUUGUGUGUGGACUGCAGCCUGAAGCGAGCUCAGCGGUUAAGCAUCACACUGGCCUCUGGGAAAGGUUCUGAACACACGGUCCACUUCCAACGCACCUCCAGAACUCAGUCCAUCCUCCAGUCUGAGACCACCGUGCUGUGACCGUGCUGCCUAACUGUCAAUGCUUCUGAAUGGUUGUCAAAUGUACUAACCCUUUCUCGCUGAGCUGGUUUGGAGCCACUGUGAACCCCCAGUUAUCGCUGGUGAUGUGUUUCAGAUGCACCUGCAAUAAGUAAACCAUCUGUGAAGAGAGAGCAUAGAAACAUUUUGAACCAUUUUAUCCCUUCCACACACUUGAAACAAUUUUAAACUUAUUUAAUCACACUUAAACUUAGCACAUUUCAAAGUAUUCGUUAUCAAAUUCAAAAUGAGAGAAUAUUUGCAAAAACAAAAAAACAAUCUUCAUCAAUUUGAGCAUUAAAUAUCUUCUUUGUAGUGUAUUCAAUUAAAUGUAGUUUAAAUAAUUUGCAACUCAUUGUACAGUGGACCCUUGAUAGAAUGGACUAAUAACAGUUAUUGUAAAUUUAUAUGAAAAAAAGCUUGUUUGAAAUGUUACCAUACCGGUGUGCUUGGUCAUGGUGACAUUGUUGACGUACAGUACUCAACAUAGGCAAGUCGCUUUCAUAAGCCGUGAGGAAUUGGUGUGCUUCCUAGAUCCAAAUCCAUUUUCUAAAAAAAACUUAUUGUACCAAAAGUAGCAUGUUCCAGACUCCAGAGACUUGUUUUGUAUUCCUCAGAGUUAACGCUGCAGCCAUGCCACACUCUCAACGCACAAUAGACGAUGGAACCGUCAUCACGUGGCCGCCACGUCAAUGCCCCACAUUCAACAUGGCUGCCAAUGGACUAUCAUUCAUUCCUUUUCUGUACCGCUUAUCCUCACAGGGGUCGCAGGCGUGCUGGAGCCUAUCCCAGCUAUCUUUGGGCGAGAGGCGGGGUAACCCUGAACUCGUCUCCAGCAAAUCGCAGGGCACAUAUAAACAAACAACCAUUCGCACUCAUAUUCACACCGACAGGCAAUUUAGUCUUCAAUCAAAUUACCGUGCAUGUUUUUGGGAUGUGGGAGGAAACGCAGAGAAAACCCACGCAGGCACGAGGAGAACAUGCAAACUCCACACAGCCGAGGCUGGAUUUGAACCCAGGUCCUCAGAACAGUGAGGCAGAUGUUCUAACCAGUCAUCCCCUGUGCUGCCAUCUGUUGGACUUGAAUGUAGUCAAAUUGUAUAUCUGUGACCUGGAAAUACAUCAGUCCCAUUCUCUGCGUGCAUUGUGCCACAGCGCCAGUAAACAACAACGGCCAAUUCUGGAACUGACAGACUUUGUCAACGGCAUUUUAAGUGACAAAUCGAAGCUAAUCGACGGUCUGUUUUAUCCGAUAUCCGUUAUAUCAGGUCCACUGUAUUGUUUUUAUUUAUGUUUUAGACAAGGUCACAACUUCAUUGGAAUUGGGGUUUGUGUAUUGAACACAGUCACUGCCAUUGACUGCUUGACAAGUCAAAUAUCCAUGUUAACUGGGAGGGCUGGCACUGAACACACAAAUGUUGACCAAAGCCAUAUAUCAACAAAAGUCUACUAGCUUAAUGCUAAUGUAUAAUGCUGAAAGCCAUAGACGGGCUAGCAGAAUUUAGCAUACAUGUGACUUUGAUUAUAAACUUUCAAACAACUCCUACCUUUACACACAAGGAACAGCAACACAUGGAAACAGAGCACACAAUAAUACUCAAAGGCAUAUUCCAGUAGUAUCCUGUAUGUGUUUGGAUUGAAGUGCUGGUUUCAAGCCUGGGUUAGGGUUUGAAACGAGGGUUAGGGUUUCACAGUAUUGUUUUAAGCCAGGCCAAUGCAGUGUUUCAAGUCAGGGAUGCCUUUUCGAAUAAGGAUUAGGGUUUCAAGACAGUGUUAGAAUAGGAAAUGAUGGUUUGAAGCCUGGGUUAACAUUCCAAACCAAGGUUCGGGUUUUGAUUUCAGUUUUAAAGCCUCGGUUAAGGUUUUUAACUCUGUUUUGGCAGUGUGAACGGUAACUGGCACCAGCUCAGUUUGAAAGGGAUCGUCUCUGGUUAAAUAUGAGCGCCUCUAUGAAGUCACCUGUACGUUUUCACAAGUGUUAACAAUAGAAGAAAAAAAAAUAGUAUUAUAGUACUAUCUAGGCUGAAGGCAAUCAUGCUACCAAUUGUUCAACUUUUAUUAGGUGCAAGACUCCACUCAUCUAUUUGGGGCACACAUAGUCAUCGAAGUCCCAUAAUGUGUUUCAUUGGUCUCCUUAAUUAACAGAGACGUGCACACAGAUACCUCUAGUGGUGCUCUGGCAUUGGCCUUUUUUCCCUGGAUGACAAAACUGUCCUUUUGCCUGGAGCCCUUUUUUUUUUCAUCAAUAUAAGAAAAAAAAACAAAAACGACAAAGAAACUUAUCACUUGAUCCAUGCAACAAACAAGAUGUCAGCAUACAUUUACAGUAUACAAAUGUAAAUACUUGUUGAAAGUGUGUCAAAAAAGUGUUUUAUACGAUGUGAGGUGUAAAUAAGUGUUUAAAGUGUGCUAAGACAAUGAAUGUCGGUCACGUUGUUAUAAAAGUUGUAACUGUCCUUUUGUGCCUGUGUCCAUCUAUCACUCACUGGCGUAUCUGUAUAAUCUCAAAAUGUGACUUUAAAACACACUUAGACCUGUAAAAAGACUAUUAAAAUGUAUUCCUUCGCA